UGAUUUGAAAACAGAAAACUGUACAUUGUUGAAGUGCAGUAUUAGUUAGUUGUAAAUUGUUAGAAUUAGUCUCUCAUGGUAUUAAAUUUUAUCAUUGGUAAUAAAAAUAUAAUUUCAAUAGUAGGUAUUAAGCUUUUUGUACAUGUGUAAAACUUGGUCUUAAAGAGAGUGAGCAUCAUUACUGCUGAUGUUGUUGGAUGGGGUAGUGAGCAUUGCAUUCAUGAAACCUAAACGAAGAACUUAUAUACCUUCUCUGAACACAAAACAUAUCAGAAUACAGCCAUUUAAAGUCCCAACUAACAACUAUUUAAAACUAUCCAAAAUUGGGCAUUAAUAACAAAGCUUUAAGUCUAAACCAAAUUACUACUGAAUAAAAAAAUAAAUUGGCUAACUAAGGCCACGUUAAUUUAAACUAACAUAAGCUCAAUUUUGACCAAAAUUUAAUAAAAAUAAUCACAUAACACAUUGAAAAUAAAAAGGUUUUUGCGACAAAUUAAACCUAGAAAGUGUCUAUAAAAUAAAUUCAAUAUAAAAAAAGUAAACUUAAGCCUAUAACUUCUACACCUGACCUCUAUCAAAUUAUACUUAAUUUAGAUCUAAGCUCAAAUUGAUAUUCGUCAAGAUGGAAUUGUUUGUAGUGGUGUGUUCUCAUCUAGAAUUUCCAGUCUUUUGUAGUGUUAAAUCAAGUACAGCCAGGCCUCAGAAUUAUAAAAAUUGGUUCCUAUCAUGAAGGUUAAUAUCUUCAAAUGACUAAUAAACUUAACACAAAAUUGUGAUUAUAAACAAUGAGGACGUUUUUCUGGGAGUGUGUCUAUAUCAACAAAGGGUGAAUAGAUCGAGGGAGCGUAUCUAUAUCAACAAACCAAUGACAACAUAUAUCAACUGUUAUUUUCUCUCUAUGGUGUUACAGAAAUUUAAAUUUAUGUAGAUUUGCAAUAAAAUUGGAUCAAACUUUUGGCCCAUGGGAAAAAAAAUGAAAAAAGAGAAGAAACCUACAACUAGUGGAUGGAUUUGCUAGAACUAGUAUUUAUGUGAUAAUAGAAAUAAGAAAAUAAGAAAUAGCUGAAUGUAAAUAUGUUAUAACAUUAUUCAGGCAAUCAACCAUGAUGUAACUUUUGAUUAGACAUAGACAAAUCUUAUAAUUGUAUGGCAUGCCAUGACAUGGACAUGAUAAUUAAUGCAUAUACCUUUUUAAUGUAUUGUUAUAGAGGUUGAGAUCUUCAUUUGUCAAAUCUUUACUAAUUAUAGGAAUCAUUCAUAUGCUUGGAAACAAUGCACAAAGUUAUUACAUGCAUAUUCACAAAACAUUAAAUACUAUGUCAAAAGUACUUAUUAGAUGCAUUUUUUAAUGAUUGUCGAACUUGCUUUUAAGCCUUAUAAAAAUGAUACAAGUGUCCCACAUAUGCUCAAUAUUUUAAUAUAAAUAUGUAUAAAUUGCAGAAGAUUUCUAUUAUGUUUCAGAGUAUCUAAUAUCUGGCAAAACUAACAAGUUUUGAUGUCUUAUAUAGAUAACAUAGUUUGCAAAAUUGGUAAUAGUUUUUGCAAUGAUUGAGAUUAACAGGAAUGAUUGGAGCAUAUCAGUAUGAUUAGGAUUGGUCACAUAAAUAUAUAAAAUCAAAAAAUUUGAGAAGCCAAAAAUAUUUUGUUCUAAAUUAUUCUUUUACAUUCACAUUUCAAAAGAUGGAUCACUUUUGAAAGGCACAAAUCCAAAACAUAAAAGAUAACAAUGAAAAAUAAGGGAGAAUAAUUCAAUAAAAGUAAUUAUGUAUAUUUAUUAUAAACUAUCAUACUAAAUGAUGAUGACCAAAACUUUUCACUUGUAGCUAAGAUGACAGUAGGCUCCACAGUGGCCCAAUGCUUCUUGAACAUUCAUGAGAAUCAAGUAUUGGAUAAUACAGAGACAAAUAAACAAAAGUUUACUUGAAACAAGUGGCCACUGAAUUUAAUGCUACUUCAUAAUCUUAUGACAUCUCACUUCUUUUGUGUUGGGAUCUUUACUUUCUUACAUUUAGAAGUUUCUCUCUAACCUUUGCUUUCCUUCUUUUGAUUUGCUUUCCUCUUUCUUAUGUGGUACUGGAUGGAGAAUAUUGUAAUAGUGGUGGCAGAUGGCAAAUAUCAGAGUUGCUAUGACUAGUAAAUAUAAUAGUAGAAACAUCUCCUCUGUUACUCAAUCUCAAGUCUAUUUUGUUUUACUGUUCUCCGCAUCGGUUUUCCUCUUGUACUUUUCCUUCUGCCAAUCCUCUCUUCUUUUUCUUCUUUUCAGGCUAUUGAGUAAGCUAGAUUUGGUUAAAACUUGCCGACUAGUUCAUUUUCACUAAGUGUAGUUUAUUAUGAUAUAUCUCUGGAUAUAAGACCAAGAAAUUAGCUAAGACUGGAUCAGCCUUGAACGAUAUGAAAAUUGACUGACAUCAUGAAUUAUAAUGGACGCAUCACUGGUACAUCAUACAAAGUAUUAACAUCUCAUGGGUGACUAAUGCUUGAGACAUAUACCUGAAAUUCAAACUUGACAUUAAUCGAAGCUUCAUCCAUUUUUUUUCUUUUAGUUUUGAUUUUUGAAUACUCUUCCCUCCUCUUUCCUUUAUCGUGUAGCACUAUUCUCUCUUGAUUCUUUUAUUUUUCAUCUUUGUUCUUCUAUCUAUAUUUAUAUUCAUUUUCUCUUAAGUGAUCCUGAUGAAAACUCUCCUCAUCAUUCUAAAGAUGUCUUUUCUUCACUAAAGUUGCUUGUGUGAAUCACAGUUAUAAAACAUGACUUUGGUCUCUCUUUGGGGCAUGCUAUAGGUGAAGUAAGAAGCAGUUAGUGAUUUUUGUAAUUGGAUAUUGGAUGUGCAUGAGAUGUUGUGUUUUACUGGAUUGUCUGUGCAUCUCUAGAGUGUAACUUGUGGUUCCUGAGGCUGUGCAUUGUGAAAGGUGUCAAAUAGGUGAAGGCAUGUCUGAGGUUUUAGCAUUUGCGCUUCAUAACGCUGAGUGAUCAUCAUGGGUGUAUGCAUAUCAAAGCCAAGCGGUAGAUCUAGGACUCGAAAGUACACCCACAGAUCCAGAAAAUACCAUGGAAAAAUUUCAGGUUCCCGUCCUAAGGCAUCUAAAACUCAGAUUGGCACUGCUGGAAAUUGCUUAACUGAUUAUGCUUUAAGUGAGUUUGUUCAUGUUGAGACUGCUGCAAGAACAAGCGGAAAAUUCCAUCUAACGCAGUUGCAGUGGCACCAUAGUCAGAUUGACUCUUAUGGAAUAUGCCAGGAAGACACAUGGUUUGACUCGGUCAGCAUUUUAGAGUCUGAUUCUGAUGAUGAUUUCAGCAGUGUCCAUGGAGAUUCUAGUCCAUCAGUGGAUGAAAUAGGGGCUCAAAUGUUGCAAUAUGAAAAUGCUUCACGACUAGUUGAUGCAAUGUAUAAGUUGGAGGGAUUUUGUGGUACUACUCCAGUGACAUUGGCAGUUGAACACUACUUAAAAAGAGAAGGUAAGAUGGAUAAGAUUUCAUGCAAGGACGAAGCGAAGGAUGCUGAUGGCUCAGAAAUUAUAAAGCCUCACCGUCGUGAACUUCCUAUGGGAAAGGUCAAUAAGACCCUAGGCUCCGAAGCUUGUAUGAAGAAGAGAAAGUUUUUGGCAGAUUCAUAUGGUAGCUUUAAAGGUUUGAGAGAAAGACAUGAUACUGAAGAGAAGUCUCUUGGGAACAAGAAACAAUCAUACUUGCGCAAAUUAGUUUCUUCUGUGAGCUUCAAUGAUAAGAUCUAUCACAUGACAAAACUUAGCCCAUCUUGUCAAAAGAAAAAGUCUGCAGUUAUCAGGCUUUCUUACACGAGGAAGUCUUAUGAUGGAGAAGAAACCACCGAGUUCCGUGCCUCAACAAGACUCUUAUUUCGUCCCCGAGGAGGUCUAGUUAUCCCACAUGCUCGAGGGGAGAAACCAACUCCAGGAUGCUGGUCCUAUCUUGAUCCUUCUACUUUUGAUCUUCGUGGAGAAAGCUACUUCAGGGACAAGAAAAAAUCUCCGGCUCCAAACUAUGCACCAUAUUAUCCUAUUGGUGUUGACUUGUUUGUAUGCCCACGCAAAAUACAUCAUAUUGCUCAACACAUUGAGCUUCCAUAUGUCAAGCCACAUGGGAAACUUCCCUCGCUGCUGAUUGUUAAUAUUCAGGUGCCUACUUAUCCUGCUGCAAUGUUUCUUGGUGAAGGUGAUGGUGAAGGAAUGAGCCUUGUGUUGUAUUUUAAAAUUUCUGAAUCAUAUGAGAAAGAAGUUUCUUCUAGUUUCCAGGAUUUAGUAAGGAAAUUUAUCGAUGAUGAAAUGGAAAGGGUUAAAGGAUUUGCAAGUGAAUCCAGUGUACCCUUUAGAGAGAGGUUAAAAAUUAUUGGUGGAGUGGUCAACCCAGAGGAUCUUAAUUUGAGCGCUGCAGAAAGAAAGCUAAUACAAGGAUAUAAUAGGAAGCCUGUGCUUUCACGCCCUCAACACACUUUUUAUCAGGGUGAAAAUUACUUUGAGAUUGACCUUGACAUACAUCGCUUCAGCUACAUAUCAAGAAAAGGCCUAGAAGCUUUUCGAGAUCGUCUGAAGCAUGGGAUCCUUGAUUUGGGUUUAACAAUCCAGGCCCAGAAGCAGGAGGAACUUCCGGAGCAGGUCCUCUGCUGCAUGAGGUUGAACAAGAUUGAUCUUGUUGAUCAUGGGCAAAUUCCAACUCUCGUCACGCUCGGCAACUAAAAUAUCUGAAGAGAGCAAACUAGUUAUACUGGAGCCAAUUCAAGAAUAUCCUUCAAUGUAUUCAAUGUAAUCCUAUUGAUGAUCCAUUCUACUAACAUUCUCCGUAUAUUCGAUCCUAUCACCUAAUAAAGACUAUUUAUGCAA